CGGUCCCGACCCGACUCACCCGCUCUCUGUGUGUUUCAUGCUUUAUUAGUCGCGGGAAGCGUGCAGCGCGUGCCGACCACGGACUCGCCUAUAAGGGCCUCUCAGAUAAAAACAGAUUAGAACACGCGACACAAACUGGAGUCCUCGUCACCACGGGCGGAGAUCCGAUGCUGUUCAAGCCUGGCGCGAAGGGUUGAAUGGCCUGUGAAUUCAUAGGCCGUGGGAAGCCACCUUAACUUAAAUCCUAGUACAAUAGUACAGUACACUUUCCAUUUACUGAUUUCAUUAAAACUUGACAUAUUCCACAUUCCAGUAACUUUUGAGAGGACGAUCUCAUCGAGUUGCGGUUUUACCUCUACGUGCCGAUACUGAUUCUGCUGUUAAUCAACUUGAUCUUCUUCCUAAUGACCGCCUUCAACAUCUGGAGGAUCAACAGAAGCAACAAGAUCCUUAAAAACAAAUACAACGACAACUCAAUAAGAUUUUGUCUUUAUCUGAAGCUUUCUUUGGUCAUGGGUAUCAAUUGGAUCUUCGAGACGCUGACCAUGCCAACAUGGCUUCAGUUCGUAGCCGCCUUGUACAACGGCCUUACUGGCGUCGCCAUCUUCUUUAUCUUCGUCGUCAAAUGGAGUAUUAUCGAGAAGGUUUGCAACCGGUUGCACAUUAAAAGUGAAUUGGUAGAGAAGAUGCGUCGCAGGUCCUCCGCGGCGACAACAACCACCUCUCAAGGAAGAAAGAAAAGCUCUAUAGAAGACACCACCAUAACAGAUAUCAGUACGGCAAAGGACUCUAAACGGAAAUCUCUUAAUGAAACAAUAGCGCUAAGCACUGUAGAUGAGUGAGAGAAUACGUACUUGGAUCCGAUUCCCAUUGACAGACCUUCACUAUUGUCUUAAUCUUUUUUUAGAUUAAAUCCCGUCAUAAAAAGUCAAGGAACAAAAGGUGUUGUUUAUGAUGUCAGUAAUAGCGUCCUGCGAAAGUGUUAGUGUUUAAAA